AUGAAGAGCUAUGAGGAGUCCCACUUGUCUCCCACCUUCAUCAAGAGAGAAGCUGUUCUGUCUAAGAAGACUCAUCUGACCCAGAUUGAAGUUAUCCCCUGUAAGAUCUGUGGGGAUAAGUCGUCAGGAGUUCAUUAUGGAGUCAUCACGUGUGAAGGCUGUAAGGGGUUCUUUCGGAGGAGCCAGCUGCCCACAGUGUCGUACUCCUGCUCCCGUCAGAGCAACUGUCUGAUCGACCGCGCCUCCCGUAACCGCUGCCAGCACUGCCGCCUGCAGAAGUGUCUGGCCCAGGGCAUGAGCCGAGACGCCGUGAAGUUUGGGCGCAUGUCUAAACGGCAGCGGGACUUUCUCCUCGCUGAAGUGGACCGUCACCGACAGCAGCAGCAGCAGCUCCAGGCCCAGACUGAAGCCGUCCUGUCCUACCCCUCCAAACCCCGAGAGGAGAAGUCCACACACCACAUGCAGCCCAUGUCCUCCUUUUUCCCCUUCAAUGGAGACUAUCCCUCUGACCUCCACCCCUACCUCAUGUGCUCCCCCUCUGAGCCCGUGAUCUACAGGGGGUCCCAGGGCAGCGCACACGUCGACCCCAGAGACUUUGAGUCCAGACAGAGCUCCUAUGACCUGAUGGGCCUCUCUCCCUACAGCCCCAUGGAGGAGUCCUACAGCCUCUACCCUCACUCUCUGAGAAACAUUGAUGAGCUGUGCAUGAGGAUUGCUUGUUCCCACCGUGAAACCAGUCAGUUCAGAGUGGAGGAGUUGCUUUCGAUGCGAUGGAAGCUGUUCAGCAGAGACGAGGUUCAGACCUACCAGAGCAAGUCGAUGGAUGAGAUGUGGCAGCUCUGUGCGAUCCGCCUGACUGACGCUGUGCAGUACGUGGUGGAGUUCGCCAAACACAUCCCAGGAUUUCGCAUUCUCAGCCAGAACGACCAGAUCGCCCUCCUCAAGGCCGGAUCUAUGGAGGUUGUUCUUGUGCGCAUGAGUCGCUUCUAUAACACCGACAAUAACACGGUUUACUUUGAUGGAAAAUAUGCCGGAACUGAAGUCUUCAAGGCUCUGGGCUGUGGGGACCUGAUCUCUGCUGUUUUUGAUUUUGCUCAGAGUUUGUGUUCUCUGAAACUCACGGAGCCGCAGCUGGCUCUGUUCAGUGCUUUGGUGCUCCUCAACGCAGACCGUCCGUGUCUGGAGGACAGGGCCCGAGUGCAGCGAGUGCAAAAAGGCGUCGAACUGGGACUGACACAUAUUCUUCAGCGAGACAAUCAGGAUAAUUUAAUACCCAAGUUGUACCAGAGGAUGGCGCUGCUGCGUUCGCUCUGCUGCCUCCACACAGAGAAGCUGCGGUGCUUCAGUCAGCGUCACCCGCACACGCUGCACUCUCUGUUCCCGCCGCUGUACCGUGAGCUGUUCGUCUCCGACACCGAGCAGCAGCCAAACUCCCUCUGA